AACCAGAUGGAGCCAGUGGAAAAGUGAACCGAGUCUUAUUCUGAUGAUCCCAACAAACCAAGUCUGAACUCAGUUAUUCAAGCUCGUUUUGAACCCGGCCCAGGGCCACAGUUAACAAUCUCUAAAGCUGCGAGAUACGAGGAGCUUGAAUUUUAGGAUCUUGCAGACGAAGCAAUGGAAGCGGUUGUCAUCGAUGCUGGAACAAAGCUCCUCAAGGCAGGGUUCGCCGUUCCUGACCAAGCUCCCACAAUGAUAAUCCCUACUCAGAUGAAACGUAUGCCUGAGGAUGGAGCCAUGCUCGAUAGUUCCGUUGAGGAUAUCACUAUUGAUCCAGUUGUGAGGGGAUUUAUUAAAGACUGGGACGCUAUGGAAGACUUGUUGCACCAUAUUCUAUACACUGGCCUUGAAUGGGAGGUUGGAAAUGAAGGACAGAUAUUGUUUACUGAACCACUUUCUACCCCUAAGGCAGUCAGAGAACAAUUGGUGCAAAUGAUGUUUGAAACAUUUAAUGUCUCGGGCUUUUAUGCUUCUGAACAAGCAGUACUGUCACUGUAUGCAGUAGGACGCAUUUCAGGCUGCACUGUUGAUAUUGGACAUGGGAAGAUAGAUAUUGCACCAGUCUCUGAAGGUGCAGUUCAGCACAUUGCCUCGAAAAGAUUUGAGAUUGGAGGUAUUGAUUUGACAAACUUACUUGCUCAGGAACUUCGUAAAUCCAAUCCACAUGUGAAUCUCAGCUUGUCUGAUGUUGAGAAUAUAAAAGAGCAAUGUGCAUGCUGUGCUGAAGAUCAAGAUGCUUAUGAGGGCACAAACAAAUCAUGUCAGAAAGAGCAACAUACUCUUCCGGAUGGACAGGUGAUAACAAUUGCAAGAGAAAGGUACACUGUUGGUGAGGCUUUGUUCCAACCAUUGAUAUUGGGUUUAGAGGAGCAUGGGAUUGUUGAGCAGCUUGUUCGUUGUAUCUCAAGUGUGUCAUCUGAUAACCACCGCCAGCUGAUGGAAACUACUGUUCUAUGUGGGGGCACCACAUCUAUGAUCGGUUUUGAAGAGAGGUUCCAGAAAGAAGCUAACCUGUCCUCCUCGGCCAUCCGCCCUUCAUUGGUGAAGCCUCCUGAAUAUAUGCCAGAGAACUUGUCAAAGAAUUCAGCAUGGAUGGGAGGUGCCAUUCUUGCCAAAGUCGUCUUCCCUCAGAACCAGCAUGUCACUAAGGCCGACUAUGAUGAAACUGGACCAUCAAUCGUUCACAGAAAGUGCUUCUAAAAGUUUUCAGCUGAGCAAACUGCAGUUUGGAAGAGAAUUAGCUGCAACUUUUUUGUUACUAAAUUCAGUUGUAGACUAUCCCUGCUAACUAAUGAUCAGGGGGAAUUCUUUGUAAACCAGUUUACAAUGUAGUGUGUUAUCGUCAGGAAAAUGAAAAUGAAAAUUCUCUUCUGGG